UCCGUCCCGACAGUGUCGAUUUUGUGCCCCAGCCAUGGUUCGGGUGGCGGUCUCGCCUCACCCGCUUCUGCUGGUUAUGGUGAUCGUCGCCGUUUGUGCUGCCAUACCGUACGCGGUGAUGGCCAUAGACCUCAGCAGGCUGUACGGACACAUCAGCUCGAAGAGGGGCGAUGCUUGUCACCCGUACGAACCAUUUAAAUGCCCAGGGGAUGGAAACUGCAUCUCGAUCCAAUACCUCUGCGACGGAGCUCCGGAUUGUCCCGACGGUUAUGACGAGGACUCCCGACUUUGCACUGCAGCAAAGAGGCCACCCGUCGAGGAAACCGGGAGUUUCCUAAAAUCCCUCCUCGCCAGUCACGGGCCCAACUAUCUCGAGAAACUCUUCGGGAGCAAAGCAAGGGAUGCUCUCAAGCCCCUUGGAGGGGUCGAUAAGGUCGCAAUAGCGUUAUCAGAGUCACAAACGAUUGAAGAUUUCGGCGCAGCCUUACACUUGAUGAGAUCCGACUUAGAGCACCUGCGCUCCGUCUUCAUGGCCGUAGAAAACGGAGACCUAGGAAUGCUGAAAUCGUUGGGCAUCAAGGACUCCGAAAUCGGAGAUGUGAAAUUCUUCUUAGAGAAACUAGUCAACACAGGAUUCUUAGACUGAACCAUAUUUGACCCUGCUGCUAACCUCUUCGCUCAUCCCCAACCACACCUACCUUUAAGUAAAUCUUUUUACUCUUACCUUCCUUAUUAGUCUGUCUGUCUGUCUGUAUUUCCUUAUUCAGCAGCAGAGUCCGUUAUGAUCCGUCCCCUGUCACUCCCUUUUGUCUCUCUACUCGUAAGUUUCGACUCCUUACCUGUCUCGAAGGUAGUCGAAAAAGUAACGGCCAAUAUACAGACUUAUGAAUACAUAUCAUGGCACCAAAGUUUGUUAUACUUUGGAGAAAACGGCACAUAUCAUAAUAGGUGUAUUACUAGAAGUUAAGAAGUGUGAUCGCAUUUAAGAAACACAAAUUUAUAUUUAUUAGUGAAAUAUAGUUUUUAUUAAUGUUACUCUUAGUGUUUUAAAGGGUUGUAUCUUGUGUCAUAAUUGUGAUCACUUACAGAUUAAUUAAGAUACGACUCCCAAAACAAUUAUGUGGCACUACUUUAGUUUUAAGCGUAGACUUCCGGCUGGGCCGGAUCUCUAAAAAUCUCGCGCCGAGACCGGGAAAGCAGCGAGGGCGUGAAAACUUUGUUACAAUUGGUGCAGGGUAACAAAGGGCCGAUUCCACCGCGCUUUUUCCAUCUGGCGGUUGAGGUUUGCUAACUGUAAACGGUGAACGAGGGUUGAUUGGAGUAGCGCUUUCAAGGGCCUAGAGCGCUUUCCCCCAAGCUAUCGUUAACCUGGCAGUUAUAGAAGUUGUGAUCUUUGUACAUAUAUGUCUCGGUGCCGACUGAUGUGCUCUUCAAGAUAACGACCUGACAUUUACCAUCACAACGACAGAGCACAACAUUCGCCAUCUAUUAUAAAUACCAGCACAAUCACAUCCGCAACGCGAAAAAUAUAGUCUUAGUCCAUAUAUAAUAUAUAUACAUAUAAUAUAUAUAUUUAUAAAGUAUACAAAUAUAUUUUUUCGACUGGUAGUGGAAAUGUUUGUGUUUGGUGUGCGAUGGAAAAUAUUCUUUAUCUGAAGUACCUCCCAUAUUAUUAAACACAUUUUAAAUAAGGCUGGUCUGUUAAUUAUACAUAUCAAAUGUUUUUUAUUAUAACGUCAAUGCAUUAUUAAUUAUUGUGAAGUGGAAUUUCUAACUAAAUA